UUACUUCAACCCCUCACCCUAAAAAAUGGACAUGUUACCCAAGUGCCCUGCAAACUAUGUACCUCUCUCUCCCAUUAGCUUCCUCUCAAGAGCUGCUACUGUGUAUGGAAACCGCAAUUCUGUCAUCUAUGGCAGAACCAAAUUCACUUGGAGAGAAACCCACCAACGUUGUCUUCGCCUUGCUAGCUCUCUCCGAUCACUUAACAUCGUCAAGAAUGAUGUUGUCUCAGUUCUUGCACCAAACAUUCCUGCACUUUAUGAGAUGCAUUUUGCUGUUCCCAUGGCCGGAGGUGUUCUCAACACAAUGAAUACAAGGCUAGAUGCAAAGAACAUUGCCACCAUUCUCCAGCAUUCUGAAGCUAAAGUCUUCUUUGUUGAUUACGAGUAUGUUCCAAUGGCACGUGAUGCACUCCGCUUACUUGUCACAGAAGAAUCUCUGAUACCAUUUGUAAUUGUCAUCGACGAUAUUGAUUCCCCUACCGGAAUUCGCCUAGGGGAGCUUGAGUAUGAACAACUCAUCCACGACGGCAAUCCGAGGUACACUCCGGAGCCACUCGCCGACGAAUGGGAUGCGAUCACGCUGAAUUACACUUCCGGCACGACAUCGAAGCCUAAGGGUGUAGUUUAUAGCCAUAGAGGUGCUUUCCUAAGCACUCUCAGCCUUGUUUUGCAGUGGAAAAUGGGGGAUGAACCAGUUUACUUAUGGUCACUUCCCAUGUUCCACUGCAACGGGUGGACAUUCACAUGGGGAGUCGCCGCACGCGGCGGCACAAACGUGUGCAUUCGCAACACAUGUGCUGCUGACAUGUACAGAGCAAUCUUCGAACACAAGGUGGCAUACAUGUGUUGUGCACCUAUUGUGUUUAACAUCCUUCUAGAAGCGAAACCAGCGGAGCGCCGCCGUCUUGUUUCACCAGUUGAGAUACUAACUGGUGGCGCACCACCACCUGCAGCGUUGCUUGAGAAAAUUGAAAAAUUAGGAUUCCACGUAACACAUGCAUAUGGGUUAACAGAAGCAACGGGACCGGCUUUAGUGUGUGAGUGGCAAGCUAAGUGGGAUCAACUGCCUCGUCACGAACAAGCCAAACUGAAGGCCCGGCAAGGUAUUAGCGUGCUGACGCUGGCUGAGGUAGAUGUGAAGGAUUUAGACACCAUGAUUAGUGUUCCAAGAGAUGGGAAAUGUGUGGGUGAGAUUGUGUUACGUGGAAGUAGUAUUAUGAAGGGCUACUUUAAGGAUCCAGAAGCUACUGCCAAAGCUUUCAAAGAUGGAUGGUUUGUUACCGGCGAUGUUGGAGUGAUUCACCCAGAUGGGUAUCUGGAAAUUAAGGACAGAUCUAAAGAUGUUAUCAUCUCCGGCGGCGAGAACAUUAAUAGCGUUGAAGUGGAGGAGAUAUUAUAUAAACAUCCAAGUGUGUUAGAAGCUGCUGUUGUAGCAAUGCCUCAUCCACGUUGGGGAGAGACACCUUGUGCUUUUGUUAGACUCAGAAAAAGAGAGGAAGGAGAGAAAGGAGAGGUGAAGGAAGGUGAUAUUAUCUUAUAUUGUAGAAAGAAUCUUCCACAUUUUAUGGCUCCAAAGAAGGUUGUGAUGAAGGAGGAACUCCCAAAGACUGCUACUGGUAAGAUUAAGAAGUUUGAGUUGAGAGAAGAGGCAAAAGGGUUUUCUGUUUCAGAGAGUAAUAUUAACCAGAAGACCCCACAAAGCAGGAAUCAGAGAUCACAGUAUACACAUCAGCAGCCUAUGGAACAAGCAGUGAUGGCCAUGUCUCGUCUGUGAGGUUUUUUCGGGCUUUUUUUUUUUUUGAAUUUUUUUUUUUUUU